GGGGUAUAUCAUAUCAUCAUUCAAAAUUCAAUAUGAUUUGACCAAGAUUUCCAUUUCCAUUUAUCAUCAAUGAUGUUAAAAUCAUUAUUUUAUCGAUUAUUGAUCAGUAUUCAAUUAAUCUUCUUAUUAUAUAAUUAUGAUUGUCAAUGUUAUGAAUUAUCAGAACAAUUAUUCAUUAAACAAUUAUUAUCUAAUUAUGAAAUAGCUAGUAGACCAAUUCAAUAUGGUAAUGAAACAUUAAAUAUAUUUCUAUGUAUUAUAUUAAAACAAAUUAUUGAUUUAGAUGAAAAAAAUCAAAUCUUACAUACAUCCUUAUUAAUACAAUUGAAAUGGAUUGAUGAAACAAUUCAAUUAAGAAUGUUACAAUUAUAUGAUUUAUAUCAUAGAAACAAUACUAUUAAUGAAUUAAAAACUUAUUUUCCAAGUCUUGUAUUACCAUCAUCACGUAUAUGGACACCAGAUUUAUAUGUAUAUAAUAAUGCAGAUGAUGGAAAGAAUGGUUUAUUAGAUGUAUCACAUAGUCGAGUACGAGUUAGUCAGAAAGGUGAAGUAACUUGGAAUUUACCAGUUAGUAUACGUAGUUCUUGUAAUGUUGAUGUAUUAUAUUUUCCAUUUGAUCAUCAAUUAUGUAAUAUACAAUUAGCAUCAUGGAUAUAUGAUCAAAGUCAAUUACAAUUAAAUAUUAUAUCAAUGAAUACAACAAUUAUGUUAAAUAAAUUAAUUGAAAAUGUUGAAUUAGCUGUACCAGAAUUGAAAUUAUUUAAAGAUUAUCGUAUUACUGUUGGUGGACAAAAUAUUACUCAAAUUAACUUAAGAAUACAUAUUUAUAGACGAGCUAUAUUCUAUACUUAUACAGUGAUUGCACCAAGUAUAUUAUUAUGUAUAUUAACAAUAUUCAGUUUUUGGUUACCAAGUGGAAAUGUGAAAAAAAUCGAUAUGGGUUUAACAGUAUUUCUAUUUUUAUAUUUUCUACAAGUAAUGAUUGCAGAGAAUACACCGGAAUCAAAUUCUACACCAUUAAUUGGUACAUUUCUUACAAUGGUUAUGACAUUAAAUUCUAUAUCAUUAAUAUUUGCUACCAUAGUAUUACAUAUACAUAGACGUAGUAAAAAUGAUCCAUGUCCAACACCACAUCCAUUAUUAUGGCGUCUUAUAAUUGGUAUAUUUGGUUAUUUAGCAAUGAUACCAUAUAACAAAAUGAAUCAAUAUUCUACUCAUCUUAAUUGUAACCAUAACAAUUAUAUAGAUAAUGAUCAUAUUUCAUAUAAGCCAUAUAAAAGAGAUUAUAGAAAAAGUAUAAUAGAUGAAAGAGAUUUGAAUGAACAUGAACAAUUACAUAACAGUAAUGAUCCUAUCACUGAUAGUAAUAAUAAUAAUAAUAAUAAUACUGAUCCAUACAAUCCAACCAUAGUUACAAAUGAAGAAUAUUCAAAAGAAGUAAACAUUAGACGUUGGUUAUAUAUUGCUAGAGUAGUGGAUAGAUUAUUAUUUCAAGUGUAUUUAAUUACAACAAUAAUAUCAAUUUUUGUAUUUCUUAUAUAUUUACCAAAUUCUUAUGAUAUUAAAUUGUAAAUAAACUAACAUUUUUUUUUAUUCUUUAAUAUUAAUCUCUUAAUCUAA